CGAACCAAAGGAAGAUGCUGUCAAAAUCAAUUUUUCUAGGAUUGUUGGUGAUUGUCUUUGCAUAUCUCUACACCAAAUGGAAAGAAUGUUUGGCGGAGAAUCAAGAGGAGUCCAUUAUAUUAUUUUGGAAUUCCUCGAUCCGCGAGCCAACUGAUCAGUUCAGUCACAUUGCAGUUGGAAUCAACUGUAACCUAGAUCUGAUUGUAUCUGGAGUAGCCCUGCUAUCGUCACUGGAGAAGGGACGGGGCCAGCCCCUCGAUAGUGUUGCCCUGGAAUCUAUAGAUGACCUGGCCAAUACAUUUACCUACUACUUCAGCAAAGGGUCGGCUGCGGAGAGAACAUUCAAAAGCAAGGAGAUAUAUGCAGCUAUUAUAGAAACAGCUGAAAAGUUGGAAGAGAAAGAACACUAUAUUGGUGGAAAUGCAGCUUUAAUGGCAGUCAAUAUUGCAGAGCUUUUCCCAAAUAAGAAGAUUCAGCUGAUAGGCCCAAUAGGUCCAGUCCUCAAGAAGCUAUUACCACACAAUGUGUUGGUACCAGAUGACAGCCUUAUAGAUAAGGAUGAGGUUCACCUCAUAAUGGAGUAUGGGCUUCACGAGGCCUGGCAGGGUCUAGAAUCCCCCGUGGCUAACAGAUUCAUCACCAGCUAUGACGAAUCCAACUCCCGCCUGACAAUGUUGAAUAAAUUUUUCAAGGAUUUAGGUCCUUUUUCUCCAAAUUUGGUUUUGGUCAGUGGACUCCAUCUGCUUGAAACCCAGAGUCUUACCUAUAUGUCUGAUAAGUUGGAGGAAUUUAAGACCGGUUUACAGAAUAUCCCACAAAGUAUACCAGUCCAUCUAGAGCUUGCAAGUAUGGCAGAUGAAGGGGCUGUCAAACUUAUUAUAGAUGAAGUUAUUUCUCAGGUAUCAUCAUUAGGUUUGAACGAGCAGGAACUCACAUUUUCAUCCUAUGUCGCCAAUGGACCACAUUCAAGUUACUAUCACAGUCGUAAUGGGCAACCAGAAAUAUACAAAAUCAGUGACAUGGUUCUAUGGCUGCUGAAGACAUAUGGGUAUUCUUCAAAAAAUCCUAGAUCUCGUUUAACACGAGUACAUUUUCAUUCUUUAACAUAUCACAUCAUUGGGUCCCUGCCUGAUGCGUGGCUCAAUUCCGAGUCCGCAGUUGGUGCAGGAACCAGAAUGGCCGGACGACAAGCGUGUAAGGUUGACCGUCUUUCACCGCCAGAUAUAGAACUGCGAAUUCCACAAUCAUUUCAACUAUUCUCAGGGUCUGAUGCUGUAACAUUUAACGAAAGUAAGCCAGUGGUUUCAUGGAAACGGGAAGGUUUCCAGUUUGUAUUCAGUCCAGUAUUAGUGUGUAUAAACCCGUUGAAAACCGUGGGGUUAGGGGACGCAAUCUCCGCUACAGGUUUGAUGUAUUCUCAGUUUGAUCCAUCAUACAAGCAAUAAUUUUAAGGUGUGUGUGCGUAUUUAUUUUCAUACCCAUCAUUUGCAACCUGGGUAAUGUAGUAAGUUGCCAUAGCAGACGUACUGAGGGAAAAUUGACUGAUAAAAUCCUGUUUUCAUGAAUAUUUAUAAGAAAGGGGAGAGAAAUUCUGUGCAAUGAAAUUGCAUUUGGCAUCACUAACACUGCCUGAUUAAUUAGUCAUGAAUACAAGAUUUUUUUAGCAAAAUAUCCCACGUUACUCGUUAGUGUACAUGGGGGUAAUGAACCGGGUUAUCUGAUGUUUCGUACUUCAAUAACGGACAUAAUUUUCUGCGUCUCUAAUCCUCGUACAGUGGUGUGAUAUAACAUAUGAUUUAUCCACUGAGUAUAUUUAGGUGUCUUUAGUUACAUGGUAUUAGGAUAUUAGUUUGGAUGUGGAAGGGUAAAGGUUUGUAUGCUUCAAUGCUUUAUUGGUUUGUACCUAUACUGCAGUGUUUGAAAUCAGUGAUACAUGUCCAUGAACACUUUUUCAAUUGACGACAUCAUGUAUUACAUUUUUUCUUUUGAAAACUUAGAAGUUUUAGGUUAAUGAAUAAGAAGGGAACAAAACUGUUCAGCUUUAUUUGCAGCUUAUAGGAUUAAAAUGUAUGCUCGUCUUUGUUGAACUGACAGACAUUUACACACCAUUCUUUAUUAUGCAACUGAAGCACAACUGUGAUAAUAGCCUUAUCAUUGAUUGGAUGGUGUAAGAUGCUACAUGUAUCGUACAAUACAUAUUGACAUCAGUAUAAUCAGUCAGAUAGUAUUGUGACAGUCUACUUACAUUCAGUAUCUUCUUUCGAAUAGCCAGUAAAAUGUUUGACAAUCUGAAGCGAACCAUACAUGGCUGUUUUGUUUAUAUUCAUGCUUUUGUAUUAAAAUGUUGUAACAUAAAAAUGAUAAUAUGAUAUAUGGAUGACCAACAUAGAAUGUGUCUGAGCUUAUUAUGUAGAUUUUAUAUUUUGUUUUGGUAUUCAAUAGUUCAUAUAUGUCAAACCUGCUCUAGCAGUGCUAUGUUAUUCAAAUUGUGUUUUCUUCCAUACUGGUAAUUGUAUUGUUGUGAUGGAUACUAGGUAUGAACUAUGGACAUUUUUAUUUAACAAUUUGGUCGGGUUUAUAUGGGUUUUUUAUCGGCCAUUUCUUAAACCCUUGCUGUACACCAUACUGUAAACAUAGUUCUUAAAUGUUGAUGCUUUUUUGCAAUAUGUUAUUUAGCAUAUUUAAUGGUUUAUUUAACAAGUGUUUUUCAUGGUUGAUUUUGUACACUGGCUGUACACAGAACUUGUAGGCUGAUAAUUAGAUUUCAAUAAAAUACAUUUAAUUGUUUUUUUAGUUGCUAGAUUGUCCAAAGAAAGCGGUUUCAUGAUUGUUUCCCAUCUGUGUUUAUAUUGUAGUUUGAGUAAAAGCCAUUUUAAUAUCAGUACCGACAUACUGACAAACAGAACUACCAGUAUACCAGAGCCUUCGCUUUGUUGUUAAUGUUGCAUUCAUUUUUCUUUUUUUAUGAACACAAACAACUAGUAUACAUUAAAGUUCAUUGAACUGCAGAUGGAAGCUGUCCACACAUUCAUACUAUCCUUUUUAUUGUUUAUACAUGUGUACAUUUAAGGUCUUAAUCCGAAAAAAUGUGAUUUUGAAGGUCAUACCUUAAAUGAUUUUUUUUUUCAAUUUUCAUUGGUAUCCCUUCUACUUUUAUACUGAGCUAAUGUCUUACACUAAACCCAUAAAUUAUAGAAAAUAUUUGCAGCUCUGUCUUUUCCUACACUUCCUGUAUAAGUGUUCAUGUUAUUAUGCAUGAGGGAAAACUAACACUAUCUUUGUUGUGUUAAGAGCUUAUUAUAAAGGUCUGUCUGCAGCCACUGGCUGCAUUAUGUAAUAACUGUGUAUACAUAAAGCAAUUGGUCUAAUUUUCAGCUGUUAAAACCCUUGUAAUAAAAAUCAACUGUCAUAAGUGUGUUUGUGUGUAUUAUAAUUGAAACAAUCAUUGCCAUAGUACCUAUAGAGUGACUCUGUACUCCAUUCUGUAAUAACUUGACACACAAAUGAUAGACAUUUUCAUAACCUUACUGUUAUUGACAUACAAGUGUGUUGUUUUGCCAUAUAUGUCAGGAAUUACUCCAAAAUGUGCUUAUACUUGGAUUAUUAUGACAACUUUGGGACCUAAACUAACAAUUCUUUGCUCACUUUUCUCUUAAAACCAUAUUCCAAUAAAUGUUGAAAUAUG